CAAAAGUCUUUCUUGAAGCAGAUGCCUGUAAUAUUUUAUCAAUCAUGGGCCAAUAAUCUUAGUUUUCUUUAUGCAUAGAACCUGAAAGUGGGUACUACUCUCUUGCCGCAUUUUUUCAAUAUAAGAAGUAGUUUAUCUGUUUACCAAGAUUUAGCAAUGCAUAUUUGACAAAAAAUGACUCUUUUCAUAUUAUUAUUUGUAGACUAAUUUUAAAGGGUUCUUGACAGACGUUUUUAGAGUUAGAGUUUAUAUUCACAGUUGUGAUUUGCUGUCAAUGAAUUUUAAGUUCAAAUAUUAGAAAUGUAGGGUAUCUAUCUUAUUUAUUUGGAUUGUGAGUAUCUGUGAUGUUGUUGGACAUUAGAAUAUUAGGAUUUUCUGUACAUAUUAUGUAGGAUUUGGUUGGAGUCGAUUUGAUGUGCUGUUGUACCCUGGUUUGUCCUGAUGGGAAUCAAAUCUGCUUCAGAUUCCACAAGCAUUGAAAAGGUUUUUAUUGGGAUUUUGUUUAUGGUUUGUUUCUCAGUUAAGGAAUGCUUCCAAAUUACAAUGGCGUGAUCAUACCCUUUUGGCAAUUCUCAUGUGGGAUAGAUAAACAAGGGGAUCCAUACUUGAUGGAAUGGAAUGAAAGUGAAGGAGCUGUAAAGCGUACCUAUCGUGGUCUUGGGAAGCUUACUGUUGGGGUUGUGCAGUUUGAUACCACCAAGAAUUGAUUCUUGGCUACUGGUGAUGAGUUCAUCGAUAAAUUCUGGGACAUGGACAAUGUUAACCUUUUGACGAGUACAGAUGCAGAUGGUGGACUGCCGGCUUCUCCUCCUAUUAGAUUUAACAAAGAAGGAAUACUGUUAGCUGUCUCAACAAAUGACAAUGGUAUUAAAAUUCUGGCAAAUUCAUAUGGAAUUAGGUUGCUGAGAACAGUGGAUACUUCCAGAGCUGCUUCUGUGGCUGUUGUGAAGGCCUCAGCAAUAGGAACAUUUGGAUCGUCUAACAUUACUGUUGGAACAGGCAUUGGAGAUCGAGUGACUCCAAUGCCAGCCAUGGUUGGACUGAUCAACGGCAUCCUUUUGCUACAAAAUGUUGAAUCAACUAGCAUAAAGCACAACAGAAGAGCAUGUGACUGCUGCAAGAACAAGUUUUGCAGUGUUCUAAGGUUGAAUUGCUCUGACAAGCCUUGGAGAUCCAGUUUCUUUCGCAGAAGAUUUUGUGGGUGUUUCAGAAAGCAGAGAAUUCAGUGAAGGUACAUACCAUUGUGGGUAUUUCAAUCCGAGUGGCUGCUCUUGACCUUGAUAAUGAAGAAACUACAGAAGAAGAGAGUGAGAAAGAGAAGGUAGAGCCUGAAAUUUUUGUUGUGAAUGAAGAAAAGAGAACAGGAGAAGAUGAGAAGAAGGGUGAGAGGUCUGGUGCUUCGUGCUGAAGCUCAAAUCUUCCUUGCAUGGAUAAGCUCAGGGAUGAGCUUUCUUGAGAGCAGAGCCAAACAUUGGCAAGCAAGGAAUGUUCCCAUCACAGAUAUUGAGCCCGUAUGAAGCUGAAGUCUCUGGAACUGAAAGCGGAUGUGGGUGAUCCACAGAGUCAGCAGUUGUGGAAUUGCUAGGUUGAGGCAAGU